GCAUGGUUCCUGCAGGAGCUGCCGCCGGCAGGACCGGAAGCGGCGCCACCGAGGACCAAGAGGCCGAGCAGAACAAGACGAACCUCCUCCAGCAGCGAGACACCUACUACGCCACCGUCAGGAAGCCCCAGCCAGUACCUGCUACUCUUGAGAGAAUAUCAGAAUACUCCGAGGACAUCUACCCGUACGCGACCUUCCAGCUGAGCGAAGGGCGUGGAGGGCAAGACGAAACCGUCACCAACAAAUUCCAGACAUUUGUAUUCCAAGAUUCUCGUUACGGCGUCACCGAAGGCCAUCCUCCGACUUCGCCCAGUCGACCCACGCCCAAAAAGAGCCACGGGCGUAGCGGCAGUCGCGGGCGCGGUGCGGGCGGUCCCCGGAGUGAAAGUGAAGAGUAUGACUCCCUGCAGUCAGAUACGGACACUGAGCAUGCCACGUCCUCGCGCACGGAGUCCUCCAUCCACCUGGACUCCGCCACCCUCGAGAGCCACCACACGGCGCUCCACCUGCCCCUUGACCCCCACCUGGCCACGCUCGAGCCGCGCCCAGACGCCCAGGCCGCCCACGCCGCACGCAGGCCGGCUUCCAGGACCGUCCACCACAACCUGAUUUACCAUGCGCCCGAGUCCAGCACGUCAACGGAGCCCUCGCCCAUCCUGGAACGGAAAUCCUUCCCCCGCAAGAGUGAUGGGAACAAGCUGGGUCGCGGCGGGGCCUUCCAGGGGCGCGGCCUCAGCAAGAUGGUGGCCAGCAUCAGGGGCGGCACCCAGGAGACCUCACUCUCCUUCCCCAAGGCCGGCCACGCCUCCGACUCCAAGAGCUCGGACGACGGCAAGUACGGCUUCGCGCGGCAAAUCACUCCGCCCGUAGGAUUCUCCAGCAGCCACAACGAGCUCUCGGAGGCGGAGUGCGACCUGGAGAUGAGGCGGAGGAACAAAGAGGCCGAGGCCGCCUCCGCUGCGUACGUGGGGCACUCCAGGUCGCAGUUCAGGUCCUACGUGUCCGGCAAGGAGAAGGACUACAGCAUCAAGGUCUAAAAAGGUAUACAAACCUUAAGUUAGAUUCCAAAAUGUUGGCAAAUUAUAUUAGUCGGUAUUAAACAGAGAGUCUGAAGGUGUAAUACGUCCAUUAAGAUUGCACCAAUAUCUACACUUCGAGGUCCCUCUGACAUUUAAACUAUCCAUAAGUCUCUAAUUAGAUGGAAUACAUUCGUUGUGCCCAAGAAGGAUUCAGAGUGUGCUGUGCUUGCUUAUAGAAGGGUGGGUACGAAAAGAAUAAGAAGUGAAUGCAUUAACUAGAUUAAAAAGCAAAAAAAUAUAUACAUAUAUAUUUAUAGAAAGAGACUAAAACAGUUUCUUGUACAGAUAUGAAAAUAUAUUGCCAAAGUAUGUGUGUGUGGUCGACAAGGCAGUGUGUGUAUUUGUACAGUGUUGCCAGAUGUUCUCUUCCAAACACUGUUCAGUAUUAAUAUCGUUAUGUGUUAAAGAGCAGGAAGUAUGAAGGAAAUGAAACGGGUGUGUACUGUAAGAUCACUGGAGAUCGUGCGUGUGUUUCAGUGUCAGAUUCUGUAAGAAAGAAACCAGUGGUUCACUGAAAUGUGAAAAUCUUUAUGGAAAUUGUUGUCUAUUUUUCCUCAAAUUAGACAGUUUAUCGAAAGGCAUUAUGAAAAUACUCAGAUGUUUGUAUAAUUCUCUAAGGAUACUAUUUCUGCGUUGGUGAUUUAAAGAUUACGUGUAGUUCUAAGAAGUAAUGUGUAUGGUAUAAAUAUUCUUGUAAAUAAUAAAAUCUUUUCUUCAGUGUGCCAUUUUGCAGUGUAUAAAUUACAGAAUGAAAAACCUACUGUCUGUUAUUUCAGUGUCGUUCAAACGUCAAGUUUUCUAUAAGAGUAAGUGUGCAAAAUGAAAAACUUAUUUUAAUUUUGUUCUUCCAAAAAAAGUUGUGCAAGAAUUGUUGAUUUUUAUUCAAACGAUCAUUUCUUCUUUGUGAGGACUGACUGUAGAUAGUAAAUAUUAUACUUACUCGUUCUGUGUCUGAAUGUUGGGACUGUGAAAUUGACCGAAUACUUUACAAACAGGAUUUCUACAUUUCUACAGUCUAUGAUAAACUUGUAACAUGUAACAUUGUUGUCAACCAUUAUAUCUUUCCAUUAGGAUAUUUCUUGUAUGGCUUUACAAAAAUGUACACUAACAUCCUGUCUUCUACGUCAAUGUAUUAUUUUACAGGAAGUCUUCUUUAUGAUAAACACACAUUUUAUUUCUUUUAAAUAAUUGGACAGAACUCAAGCCCCGCCCCCUUCCACCCACUGAAAGAUGGUGGGGGAAGUUCCGCAGACUUUCUUCAUGUGUAGUUGUUGUUCCCGUGAGAAGAUUUGAUGUAACAAAAUUUUACAGAAAAAAGAUGAUUGUUCUGUAUGUAGCAUUGGACUUUUAUAAUAAUAAAUAUAUUAAGUAAA